AUGGCUCCUUCACCACCGAGGAUAAGUGGAUUCGCGGAUCUUCCUGUCGAGUUUGUCUUGGCUAUCGCCGGGGAGUUCGACAGGGUAGAGGGUCUCGCAUCUCUGGGGCAUACUUGUCGAAACGUCCACGACAUCGUGGAGAAAGGACUCUUUACAUUUUUCGGACGGCAUGCUCUCUAUCGGGGUGCCCGAGACGGAGACCUUGAACUUGGGAAGCGUGCACUGGAGUCCGGAGCCGACGUAAACACUCGAUUCGUAAGCAGCCUACGAAAGGGUCGCUUCUAUGAUGACUGGCUGCCCAUACACGCCGCCAUCGAUGGAGGCCACAAAGAAAUAGUCACGCUUCUCCUCGAGAAAGGAGCUGACGUAAACGGUGUAUGGUACCGCCGACAGGCUUCAAGGAUUGUAGAGUUCGACGACGACGACGACGACACGUUGGAGUUUGUGCGAGGCUACAGGCACAUUUUGGAAGUUCGGUGGCCCCUGUUCGUGGCCAUCUACCACGGCUUUAAAGACAUCGUAAAGGCUCUGAUCGAUAGGGGAGCCAGUAUAGACCAGGUUACCGGUGUCAAGAAUAUUCAGAAUGAUCAAGAUUACAAUGUCAACAUAAGACAAAGUGCGCUACAAACGGCAGCGAUAUUCGGCCACGCUGACAUUGUCGAGUAUCUUGUCACGGAUCGCCAAGUUAAUCCAGAUCAUGUACCUGCUGGGGAUCCGCAGUGA